GUACCAUGAGCUCCAGAUCAGUGCGAGUCCUCAGCGUCACCCAUGUCCAGCCACAGCGAACCACCGGCGGCGGCAAGCUGCAACUGGUGGCCGCCGGCGACGGCGUCGUGAAGCUCUCCUUCUUCGACGUCAUGUUCGUCUCCAUGAUGCCGAUCCAGCGUCUCUUCUUCUACGAGGGGCCCGACCUCCCGCCCUUCCCGUCGCUCGUCAGCUCCCUGAAAUCUUCCCUCGCCGCCACCCUCGCCGUCUACCUCCCCCUCGCCGGAAAGCUGACCUUCCGCGCGGCGCUUGGAGACGUUGCCAUCGACUGCUCCCCCGCCGGCGCCGCCGUCUCUCCGGGCGUCAAGUUCGUCGAGGCCGAGUACUGCCACGUCGACGACGAGCUAGAGAGCGCGCUCGACGCCAUGCGCCGCCUCGCAGGCGACGUCGAGCACAACGUGGAGGCGUUCAUGGAGCUCGUGCCGGAGCUCGAUGUGGAGCACCUGCCAGCCCCGGUGCUCGCCGUGCAGGUGACCAGGCCGGCGGGGGACGAGGGCGACGCGGUCGGCGCCGUGGCGGUCGGGGUGUCCAUGCACCACGCGGUGGCCGACGGCCAGUCGCUGUGGCAGUUCAUGAAGGCGUGGUCGGCGGCUGCGCUGGUGGGCUCGCCGGCGGCGCCGGGCCUCCUGCCGCCGACGUUUGACCGGUCGUUGAUUCGCCAUCCCAGAAGCGAAGAGUUCGCCGGCAUGUUCCUUCGGAUGUCUUCUCCGACGCUUCCUGCGGUGAAGCUAUCACGUGUGGCGGCUGACGUCAUCAAGGGGCAGCGGACGAGGACCUUCCUUCUCCGGGCCGACCAAAUCCAGUCGCUGAAGCGUCGCAUCUCGCUACGCAUCGUCGCCGCCGGCGAGCCACCGCGUGAGGCUGCGGCUGAGGAGGCUCCGGUAGUCGUAACCGCGUACGUCGCCAUCGCGUCGCUGGUUUGGACGUCCGUCGUCCGCGCCAAGCCGCACGACCCCGCCGACGACGCCUACCUCAUGGUCACCGCCGACAGCCGGCGCCGCCUCCGCCCGCCGGUCGACCGGGGAUACUUCGGCAACUGCGUCGCGGCGUGCUACGCGCGCGCCAACGUGGGCGCCCUCCGCGGCGACGGCGACGAAGGGCUCGCGCGCGCCGCCGCCGCGAUCGGGGCGGCGAUCCGCGAGCAGCUGGAGGACCCGCUCGGCGACAUCGAGCGCUGGCUCCAGUUCCACCUGAGCCUCCCGCCGGAGCGGGUGACGGCGGUGGGCUCGUCCAACCGGUUCAUGGCGUACGAGACGGACUUCGGGUGGGGCGCGCCGAGCCGCGUCGAGCUGGUAUCGCCGUUCGCGCGCGAGCUGGUGAUGCUGCUCGGCGCGGCGGACGGCGGCGUGCAGGUGUCGGUGUCGCUCAACGACGCUUACAUGGAUGCUUUUGAAACCAUCUGGCUGCAAACUGCAGCAGCAAGACGAACUUGCUAG